AUGUGCCUAUCAACCUCCAAGUCUUCCCAGCAACAGUGGGAUGGCUGGUCUGGGGUCGGCAUUUGCAAGAUCCAUGACAGGUACGCCUCGAUGUCGGGAACAUCCAAGGCAACGGCUGCCGGGCUGGAGGAGUCCAUCCGCAGCGCCCUGCCCGAUUCCUCGUUUCCCGAGGCGGAGCUGCAGAUCAUCGUCGAGGACCUGGCGACUUUCUCGUUCGACGCAUUGCUUUCCCGCACAGAUGGGGUCACCGACCUUGUGGCGUUGCUACUGUCCACCUACACGGAUGGGCUACUGCCGCCCAAUAGCGCUCACUUCGGUACUCUCCUGGCCGACCACGUCCAUGAUUUCCGCGUAGGACGAUCGGCGAUGCGCCAUUUGCACUUUGCCGUGCUGGGCUUCGGCAGCACCGUGUAUGCGGAUGCGGGCCACUUUUGCACCGCAGCAGUGCGCGCCGACGCGGCGCUUGCAGCUUUGGGUGCGCAGCGUGCGGCACGGCUACUGCGGGUCACGGACACCAAGGAGCUCGCGAGCCAGGCAAGCUCCUGGCAGAUGGAGUUCCAGUCAGCAAUCUCGGCCGCGCUCCAGGGCCUGAAUAUUCCACAGGCCCGGGGGAUCGAAGGUCGAGCUGCUGCGGAGGCGGCCGUGUCACCGACGGCAAACCCGGAAGGCGAAGAUGAAGGCUCAGACUCCGAGGAUGACAGCAGCACCACUGUCAGCUCAGGCGAAGCCGCGCCUGCCAAGGGCUCCACGUCGGACGUGGAGGAGCUUGCCGAGGGCUGCGCAGGGGAGACGGCGAAGAAGCCGCAGGAUCGCCAGAUGCUAACUACGAAGCACCGGGCGCAGCUCACCAAGGAAGGCUACAAGAUUGUUGGCUCGCAUUCAGCCGUGAAGCUCUGCCGCUGGACGAAGCAUCAGCUCAGAGGCCGGGGAGGAUGCUAUAAGCACUCCUUCUACGGCAUCACUUCCUACCAGUGCAUGGAGGCCACGCCCUCCUUGGCAUGUGCCAACAAGUGCGUCUUCUGCUGGCGUCACCACAAGAAUCCUGUGGGAACCGAGUGGAAAUGGUCGAUGGACCCUCCUGAGCAGAUUGUGGCCGAAGGCAUCGAUCAGCAUCGGAGGAUGAUCCGGGAGUGCAAGGGCAUUCCUGGAGUCAAGAAGGAGCGAUUCGAAGAAGCGAUGACCGUGAGGCAUUGCGCUCUCUCACUCGUCGGCGAGCCGAUCAUGUAUCCCAAGAUCAACGAGCUUGUCGGGGAGCUGCAUCAGAGGAAGAUUAGCACCUUCCUAGUGACGAAUGCCCAGUUUCCAGAGGCCAUUCGGAACCUGAAUCCGAUCACUCAGCUGUACGUCAGUGUCGAUGCCGGCACCGAGGAGACGCUCAAGGCGGUGGACAGGCCACUUUUCUCCGAUUUCUGGCAGCGGUACUUGGACUCGAUGAAGGCCUUGAAGGCCAAGAAGCAGCGCACCGUCUAUCGGCUAACGCUGGUCAAGGGCCACAACAUGGAGGAGGCGGCAAACUAUGCCAAGCUUGUGGCGUUGGGAACACCGGACUUUAUUGAAAUCAAGUCGGUCACCUUCUGUGGCGAGUCCAAGGCCUCUUCGCUCACGAUUGCCUGCACGCCAUGGCACGAGGAGGUCAAGGCCUUCUCUGAAGCCCUGCUCUCGAAGGAAGGCCUCGAGUCGCAGUACGAGCUUGCCUGCGAACACCAGCACAGCUGCAUUGUGCUUCUCGCCAACAAGCGCUACAAGGUCGAUGGACGCUGGCACACGUGGAUCAACUAUGACCGCUUCCACGAGCUUGUCCAAGCAGGCGCUGACUUCGAGGCUUCCGACUACUGGGCCCCAACGCCGGACUGGGCCCUUUACGGUUCCGACGAGGCUGGUUUCGAUCCCAACGAGACCCGCGUGUAUCACAACCGGACCAAGAAGAAAGCCCAAGCCGGCCUCCUUUCAAAGGUCAGGUGCGCAAAGGGCCAGACCUUUGCAGACCCCUUGGCGAGAGAGAUGAAUGCUGCAAAAGCGAACACGGACGUCACUCAGCACGUCGUCCUGCUAGACAGGCCUGGAGAUAAAGAUCAGAAGCUGGAUGAGAUGCUUUUGGAGCAUCUGGGAGAGGAUGAGCUGGCCAUCGUGUUCGUGUCCACGAAGAGAUGCGUUGAGGAGAUCGCCAGACUCUUGACGAGGCAUAGCUACGGUGUCACCGAGAUCCAUGGUGACAAGGACCAAAGGGAACGAGACCUGGCCCUGCGGUCCUUCACCAACAAGGAGAAGCGGGUCAUGAUAGCGACGGACGUGGCUUCACGUGGCCUUGACAUCAAGGGUGUGAAGCUAGUCAUCAACUACGAUGCCGCGAACACGCCUGAGGACUACGUGCACCGAAUAGGACGCACGGGGCGUGCCGGAGAGAAGGGCAUCUCGUACACGUUUCUAGUGCGGGAUGACCCGAUCGACAUCAAGAAGGCCAAGGCCAUCUUAGAAGUCAUGCAAACCGCAGAUCAGGCAAUACCUGAGGAGCUCCGACUUCUCGUCGGGGUGAAGGCCUCCAAAGGCGGCGGUAAGGGCAAAGCCGGCAAAUCCCACAAGGGGGGCGGCAAGAACGGCGGAAAGUCCGGGAAGGGCAGCUCCAAGGGCAAUGGCAAAAGCAGCCAUGGCCGCUCUGCGGGCCCGCCUCCUGGUCCCCUGGCCGGCGUCGCGCCCAUGCAUGGAGGUCUCAUGGGUGGCUACGGCGGCAGUAGGGAGCUCACAGAAUUCUCGGAAUGGCCACCAGCACAGCUGGCAUAUCUGUGGCGAUUGACGAGCUGCAAUCUUCAGGUGAACGCCAUGGCAGUCGAAGUAUUGGCCCUUGAUACACCUGGUUUCUCAGACUUGUCCUCGCUGGAUGGUGAGGUGGACGAGAAGAUGGUCACCCAGUACUUGCAGUUCACCAGGCAGUCUGGUGAGAAGGCACAACUUCGUCUCGCCCACGUUGAUCUUGGAAGUGGCACAGACUGCGAGCAGCGAAUGUUCGAUCUAAGAGCUGAGCGGGAGCUCCGAAACACAGAGAGGGCUGUGCACGUCGGAAAGAAGCUGAGCUACAGUUUACGGAAAAGCGACUCCGCCAAGCAGAAGGACUUCGCCGUCUCGGCGCAGAUGAGGCGCGACGCCACCGCGGGCAUCGAGGCCGCGGACCAACGGCUUGCGGAGAUCGACGCCGAAGUGAAGGAGCUGGAGGAGCGUCAGACCGCCUUCCCCUGGUUCUGUCUCUUCUCACAGCUGCAGGCCCAGGAGCUCAACUGCGUGCGCCACAUGGACCUGACCAACUGUGGCCUCCACGCAACAGGCGUCGAGCUCUUGCAGAGCGUCCUGAUGGAUCUUGAGCAUCGGGGCGAUGGUGACGCGGUGGAGGAGCUCGUGCUCGACAGCAACGACUUGGGUGACGCCUCCACCGUGGCCCUGGCCUCCCUCAUCCGCUUGUCGUCCAAGAUCCAGGUCCUCAGGCUCAGGAACAUUGGCAUCACGGAUGGCGGAUUCUCCCAAAUCAUUUCCGCCGUCGUGGGCAACAAGACGUUAUGUCUGCUGGACCUUCGGGGGAACGGACUGUGCACCCUUGAAAACAGCAAGGUAGUGGUUCAGGGCCUCAGACGCUUCAACCAGCUUGUACAGAUCCUGGUGGAGUAG